UGUAUCUGUUAUUGAGAGGUGUUGGUUCAACUUUGAGAUGCUUAUGACUAAAAAUCCAAACCUCUUCAGCAGUUUCAACAGGAAAACUCAGCAUCAUGAUGGCACAAUUUAUUCCAGGACUGUUGUCCUCAACAAUUCUAACCACGUAUAUCAAAGAAAAAGGCGACGUGUGUGCGUCAUUACGUCAUCGCCCCUGCAACACCUGUUCGGUUACCCCACCCGCAAUCGCCAGUUUGCCCGGAGGGGCUUUGGGCGGAGGACAUGGCAAAGAUGGAGCAGUGGCAAGAGCUCAGUGCUGGAGGCCCUGGUAGGCCGGGACCUGCUGCCUCGUGGGACUGGUAUUGUAACCAGGCGACCUCUCAUCCUCCAGCUGGUCCAUGUAGAUCCUGGAGAUGCAAGGAAAAAUGAUGACGGUGGCAGAGAAGGCGAGGAGUGGGGCAAGUUUCUGCACACAAAAAAUCAGAUCUUCACAGAUUUUGAAGAAAUCAGGCAAGAAAUUGAAAAUGAAACAGAGCGCGUUUCUGGAAAUAAUAAGGGAAUCAGCGAUGAUCCCAUUCAUCUGAAGAUUUUUUCUCCUCACGUUGUCAACCUCACGCUGGUGGAUCUGCCUGGAAUCACGAAGGUGCCCGUGGGUGAUCAGCCUAAGGACAUCGAGGUUCAGAUAAAAGAUCUAAUCCUGAAGCACAUCUCUAACCCCAACUGCAUCAUCCUGGCUGUCACUGCGGCUAACACAGACAUGGCCACAUCGGAGGCCCUCAAGGUGGCCCGGGAGGUCGACCCCGACGGCAGGAGGACGCUGGCUGUGGUGACCAAACUGGACCUGAUGGACGCCGGCACUGACGCUAUGGACGUACUGAUGGGCAGAGUCAUUCCUGUCAAACUGGGCCUCAUAGGAGUAGUCAACAGGAGCCAGCUGGAUAUCAACAAUAAGAAGUUCGUGGCUGAUGCCAUUCGAGACGAACACGCAUUCCUGCAGAAGAAAUAUCCGUCUCUCGCCAACAGAAACGGAACCAAAUACCUGGCCAGAACCUUGAACAGGUUACUGAUGCAUCACAUCCGAGACUGCCUCCCUGAGCUGAAGACACGGAUCAACGUCCUGGCAGCCCAGUACCAGUCCCUGCUCAGCAGCUACGGCGAACCCGUGGAAGACCAAAGUGCCACCUUGCUCCAGCUCAUCACAAAGUUCGCCACAGAGUACUGCAACACCAUAGAGGGCACGGCCAAAUACAUCGAGACGGCAGAACUGUGCGGUGGAGCCAGAAUUUGUUACAUAUUCCACGAGACUUUUGGCAGAACGUUGGAGUCUGUGGAUCCUCUGGGAGGACUCAGCACCAUAGACAUCCUCACAGCCAUAAGGAACGCCACAGGCCCGCGUCCGUCCCUGUUUGUGCCUGAGGUUUCCUUCGAGCUGUUGGUGAAGAAGCAGGUGAAACGCCUGGAGGAGCCUAGUUUGCGCUGCGUGGAGCUGGUCCACGAGGAGAUGCAGAGGAUCAUCCAGCACUGCAGCAACUACAGCACACAGGAGCUGCAGAGAUUCCCGAAGCUCCAUGAGGCCAUUGUGGAAGUCGUCACCUCCCUCCUGAGGAAGAGGCUGCCCAUCACCAAUGAGAUGGUGCACAACUUGGUUGCAAUAGAGCUGGCCUACAUCAACACCAAACAUCCGGACUUCGCAGAUGCCUGCGGGGUCAUGAAUAACAACAUAGAGGAGCAGAGGAGAAACAGGAUGAGAGAGCUGCCCGCUGCAGUGCCCCGGGAUAAGUCUGUUGGCAAAGGUCCGGCUGGCCCAACUGGGGUUUCUGGCGAGCCCUCUGCGUCUGGAGCAGACAUGGACGGUGCCAAGGCCCCAGCUGCAGGGCCACAGGGGGAGCAGGACGGCACAGGAAACUGGAGGGGGAUGCUGAAGAAAGGAGAGGAAGCCCCCGGCUCCGGACCCGGCAGCCCCCUGAAAGGAGCCGUCAACCUGCUUGACGUGCCUGUGCCGGUCGCCAGGAAGCUGUCGUCACGUGAGCAGCGGGACUGUGAGGUCAUCGAGCGCCUCAUCAAAUCGUACUUCCUCAUCGUUCGCAAAAACAUCCAGGACAGUGUGCCGAAGGCAGUGAUGCACUUCCUGGUCAACCAUGUGAAGGACAGCCUCCAGAGCGAGCUCGUUGGCCAGCUUUAUAAAUCCGGCCUCCUCAACGACCUGCUGACUGAAUCGGAGGACAUGGCCCAGCGACGCAAGGAGGCUGCUGACAUGCUACAGGCGCUGCAGAAAGCAAGCCAAGUGAUCGCUGAGAUCAGGGAAACGCAUCUUUGGUAAAAACGUCAACAAAGGGAGCUGAACCUGAUCCUUCAUCGUGUCAUCAUGCCUCGAGGACUGACGCUCCAUGCACUCAUCAUGUGUGAACAUGAAGUUUGGACUUGAUAUCGUGAAAAUGCACUGUUCUGAUCCUGCCCAAUGUAGGUAUCACAAUGGCUCACAAGCUACCUGAGAGAAAUGUAAGUUACCCGUUUAUUUAAAAUGCUCAGUGUUCUAGAGUAAAAUGCCUCUGAUAGCUUAUGUAAGAUUUUAGGAACUACCGUUGCCACCCACGGCUCCUGCAGGAAUUGAGAGUGCAGCCAAAGGCAAAGUACUUUUCAUAUUUGACAGAUUAUGGUUAACCGGUGUGGAAAUGGACUUUAGUGUGAAGUGGAAAUGAAAGUUUUAAUGCCAUUUUGGCACCUCCACAAAGCAAUGUGCUAAUAUUUUGGCUCUAGGAUAAAAAAAAUCAAAAACCUCAUUCAUCUUCUCAUCUGCAGCCAUUUGAUUUAGGAGUUAGCUGUCAUGUGUGAGAAACCAUGGAACCUCAGAAGUCACAGUGUAACAAUACAGCAGGGAUUGGGUCACUAAAUUUAAACACACAGGUUGAUCCUGACCUAAAAAUGUUGGUCCUUUUACCUGUGUACAUACUCCAGUUAAUUUUUUGCACUGUCAUCACUACACUGUACUGUACAAAAGCCCAUCACCCUGACACUGUAUUGCCACCAGAACCUUUAUUUAUUAAUGUUAUUUAAAUGUGUGAAUAACGUUGAGCACUAUUAGUAUGUUUUAUUAUGUUUACAUAUCGCCGCCUACGUGUGAAAUUUAUCGUGCACCGUGGUUCUGUGUAUGGUUCCCCAAAAAAUAAAUAGAGCUAUUUUAUUGCCAAUUGAAUGAUUUGGUUCAUUUGUAGGCUGA